UUAGUCCAUGAAUCUGAACAAAGCAACCGAACCACUCGUGUGAAAACGCCCUAUAAGGGGUUCCUAUAUUUUCUGACAUUGCCCCCAUUAUUCAUUUUUUUGUAGUUCACUUUUAGGGCAUCAUAGCGCUUGCACACGGGAGACCGUGCAAAACAUAACCGAUUUAAGGUGGACCGGAAAUUCCGGAGGAACGCGGUGUGGUUCGUGAAAGGACUUCAGGAAUACACAAAAGGAGGGUAUGAAACUGCCGCUAAACAUUUCGUUGCUGGGGACCUGGAUGUGAAUUUAAGUGGCAGGGACUUCAUGAUCACAGGGGCCAACAGUGGCAUUGGGAAAGCCACAGCCUUUGAAAUUGCAAAAAAGGGUGGGACUGUACACCUCGUCUGCAGGAACAAGGACAGGGCUGAGGAGGCCAGGAGGGAAAUCGUGGAGCAGAGCGAUAAUCAGAAUGUCCAUGUUCACCUGUUGGACAUGUCUUGCCCCCGGCGGGUGUGGGAGUUUGCACAGAGCUUCCAGGAGAAUCACAGCUUACAUGUGCUGAUCAACAACGCUGGCUGUAUGGUGAACCCGAGAGAGCUCACAGAGGAAGGUCUCGAGAAGAACUUUGCCACAAACACUUUAGGCACAUUCAUCCUAACCACAGCGCUCAUACCAGCACUGAAGAAGUCAAAUGAUCCUAGAGUGGUGACCGUGUCCUCAGGUGGCAUGCUGGUUCAGAAGCUCAAUGUGGACGACCUGCAGUUUGAGAAGGGCACCUUCGACGGCACCAUGGCUUACGCCCAGAACAAGAGGCAGCAGGUGAUUCUCACAGAGCGAUGGGCCGCUCAGCACAAGGAGAUCCACUUCUCCUCUAUGCACCCGGGCUGGGCUGAUACACCAGCGGUGCGGUCCGCUAUGCCAGACUUCCAUGAGAAGAUGAAGGACAGGUUGCGGACAGAGGCUCAAGGAGCCGACACCGUGCUGUGGCUCGCAGUUUCCAGCGCACCCAAACAUCCCAGCGGCCUUUUCUUCCAGGACCGUAAGGCUGUAUCCACCCACCUCCCCCUGGCUGCCUCCCGCUCUACACCAGCCAAUGAGGAGAGGCUAGAGGCAGAGCUGGAGCAGCUGUCACAGAAAUUCAUGCCACACCCACAGUAGCCAAGUCAACUGUCUGAACAACCAAUCAGUUCACUCCUGAUAGCAACUGUUGAACAAAACCUAAAUUAUGUUAUUUUAUGUGGAUACUUAUUUUAAAGGCCCACUUAUUUACAUAUAUUACUCAUAUUUGGCUGCUAGUAAAAUACUAAUGACUUACAAGCAAAAAGACAAAGAUAUGGUACAAUAGUAUAGAUGUAUUCUCAUAAUGAAAUUAACGGUACAGAUCCUCAUAAAAAGCACUUCAAAAGGACAAAUAGGUAUUUAGAAUUAUGAACCGACAGAACUUUUUUGUUCAUCUUCCGUCUUCCACAUUUAAUUCUUGUUUUAUAUAACAGUUAUGCUAUGCACGGUUUUGUAUGUCACUUUGGAUAAAAGCAUCUGCUAAUGUAAAGGAAUAGUUAAUGAAUGUUUUUCCAAAUAAACCAUGCCUAACUACCUCAGAUAUACUUGACAUCAUCACAGUAGCCUAAGAGAGUGUUCAGUUCAGUGGUCAAAGUAAAGUUUUUGCCCAGGUUUCCAAGAUGGCAGUGCAAGACAGUAAAAACUAUGCACUCAUUCCAAUCCCUUAUUUGUCUUUGCAUUUUCUUUUAAGUUCUUGCCCCUAGUUCCACCCAUCGAGAGAGGCUAGGAAAAGAGGAGGAAAUCAGGAAAACGUGAAUCAGGCAAAUGGAAUAUCCUCGCUCCUUCAAACGUUAGUUUGUAUCCUCGUCAGUUACAGAUGUGGCAGAUGAGGAGAGGUGGACCCACUGGUCGAUCAUUUAUACGUCAUGCUGUAGUGAAAAAAUACUAAGGAUGCACUCGUGUUUUCCCACGAGAAAGGAAAGUUAAAAAGUUCUUAAAUGUUCCUUCUAGGAGCUAGAAAUGAAGGGUUUGGAAUGUCCUUAAAGAUGGUGGACCUCGAUCGAUUAGGAGCAAGAAAAAUAUUGAAGUGGAUAAAAAUAAGGAAUUGGAAUGAGUGCUAUGAGUACCAACUUAUUAUUUAAUAAAUUUUCUCAUAAAGCAAUUGAAAGUUCUGUGGAAAUUACCUGGUGGGCCUUUACGAGUCAAUCUUAAUGUUUGAUAUGUCUAAAUCCAUAGUGAUUGUAAAUUGUUGUGUAAUAUUUUGUUGUGUAACAGCCAAAAACUGAGCCCCCAGAGUUCCAAGCCUGAGGCCAUGAGCCUUGCUCCUUUACUUACCUGGAAAUUGAUCGAGGUCCGUCAUCUUUAAACAUAUUCUAAUCCAUUAAAUAUUCCUUCAAGGAGCUAGGAGCUAGGAUUAGAAUCCGAAGAUUUCUUGAGCAAGGAAACACAAGCGCAUCCUUUGUGGAAGUAUUUUUUUGUGAUGGGUGGCAUGACCUGUGGAUCCACCUCACCUCAUCUGCUAUGCAUCUGCCAUCUUUAUGUAACUGACGUGGCUUCAAACUAACAUUUGAAGGAGCAAGGACAAUUAUCUAUCAGCCUGGGAAAAUGCUAAUCUGAGUUUACAAUUGAAUUUUGUACAUGACAUUCAUUUAUUUUAUCUGUUUUAACAUACCUCAGCUGCAAACAAUUUUUUUUACUAUAAUAGAACGUAUUGUUUAUUUAACAUUUUGUGAAUGUUAUAUAACUGCUGUCAUUUUUAAUUAAUUGCCAAUUCCCAAGAAAAACUAACAUGCAUAUACAACAUUUAAAAUUACGGCAGCACAUCUGUGGUAGUAGGCAAUCAAACUGAAUUUAACAUGCAAGUGUUGCGUGUAAACAUCAUCGUCAGUCUUCGUCUGUGCUUAAUGAGUAGCUAUUACUUCAUUAACCUAGAUUAUUCAGGUGCUGCAAAUAAUUGUUUGAGAAGUGGCUUGACAAAGAGGCUCUUAACUGCUAGCUGGUGGAGGACUGAAUUGCCAUGCGAGAAAAGACAGUGAAAUAAACCUGUGGCCCCCUUCACAUGAUACGAACACAGUUCUGUCAAGGGUCUGAUAAAACGGAAAAUGGGCUUUGGAUUUUACAGAUCAGCCUGACCAAUGUAACAAAGGUUCAUGCUUUACAACUUUAAAAAGAAAGCCAGAUUGAUGGAGACUGGUCAUAAUGAAGUCUGUCAUUUCAAUCUUUUGUAAGACUAUACCCUUCUGAAUCAAUAAUGUGGUAAUUAUAUUGUAGUCUUUUGUUAAGUGGUCCAUUGUUCUGUGAUUGUACUGAAGAAACUGCACUGGUUAAUACAUCUUUAUUAUUCAUGCA